UAAGUUUCAGUCCUACAGAAAUUGUUGUUACAUACGUCGACAACAGCUUUUUUCGGUGGAUAAUUCCCUUUAACUUCGCUUUAACUCGAUGGAGGCCACAGUGGAGUCGUACAAACAGGAGCCGAACAGAGAAGAGGAAAUGAAGGAGGUCGGAGGAGAGAUCAAGGCGGAGAAGACUCAGAGUGUCUUCAGUGAACCAGCUACACUCAUGAAGCAGGAAAAAGCCGACGAGCCGUAUCCUGAGUCCUACAGGACCAACUCCCCCGAUGAGAUCCGACUGCUGGACAUCGCCCACAACUUCCAGCGCCAGCUUUCACACUUAUAUCCUGAGCGGCGGCCGCUGCUGCUCUGCCCCUUCAAUGAGUGUGGCGUGAAGAAGUUUGUUUCUACGACUCUCCGGCCCUCGCCAAUAAACCAUCCAGAGCUUUUCACUUGGGAGGGCUGUGCCAGGUUCUUGGCUGACUUCCUGUCUCUAGUCCCGUUGGAUCCGCCUGAAGACCUGCCCAGGAUGCUCUCCUCGUCCUCCACGGUGCUGCGGACUCAGACUGCCACAUGUUUUGAGUUUGCCUCUGUGCUGUGCAGCCUGCUGAUCGGCGCUCACUAUGACGCUUACUGUGUGAGCGGCUACGCCGUCAGAGAGAUGUGUCUGCAGGACCAGAGUCUGCAGCAGUGCCCCCUGCUGGACACCCCAGUUAAGAGGGAGACGCCAGCGGAGGAGCUGCAGGAGAAUAAAUAUGCUGUAAAACCAAAGAGGGAGCUGAGGAGCCGCUUUCUGAUGCAGCAGGAGGAGAAGAAACAGGAGGAAGAAGUGGAACUGCCUCAAGAACAGGUCGAGCAGCGUCCGGCCGACCCCCUUCGAGGUCUUCGCCGACACUGCUGGGUGUUGGUUCUCUCAGGGAGACGGGAUAUCCAGGAAAACUUCUUCAUCGACCCUCUGACAGGAAACAGAUACCCCACCAACAAUGACAACUUCCUGGGCAUUGACAGUGUGUGGAACGACCUGAACUAUUACACCAACAUGCAGGACUGCAGGGACGGCUGCGCUAGCAUGGUGUAUAACCUGGACGACAUCAACCACUGGGAGCCCGUCCUGUUUGGAGCACGCAGUAAAAAACAGCUGAUUCAGGAGGUGGAGAAAAGGAGAGAGAGAAAGAAGACAAGUGUCAGAGAGGGGCAGGAGGAGAAGCCCCGGGUUUUUGAGAUGCCUAGAUCCUGGGUCAGCUGCAUCACCAUCUCAAGGAAAGAUCUGGAGAACAGCUUUCCAGAAAAGAAGAAGGUGACCCUCUACAGGAGAGCAAAGCUGGAGAGGUUUGCAGUUUACCUGAGGAAGGACGGCCUGGUCAGACGGCUGACCACGUACAAAGACCUGGACCGCUCUGAGGAGGUCGGAGUGAAGGAGUGGUAUCAACACAGGAAGGACUACCUGGAGGAGAGGGAGGUCGACAAGGUCAACGGCGUCACCACUGAACGCUUCAGACACGGGAGACGUUUCCACUUUUUAGUCCAUAGGUACACGGACACUGAGCACUACAUGGAGUUCAACAGAGCUGCACGUGUUGAUGAUCUGGUGCGUCGAGUAGAGACAAUCAGGGAAAUGACGGAGUUCUUCGAGGGCCGCCGCGACUUCCUGUACUACCGCCAUGUUCUUAUGGAUCGACACACUCUGUCCUCAGAACAAGAUUUGGUUACUGAUCAGGAUAACCAAUGGAUACAGAAAGUGGUGGAGCGUUUCCAUCGUAAUACGUCUAAACCUGCCACUGAAGACGUGGCUGAGCGAGUGUUCCUAUUGGCUCAGAGGCAGAUAGAGGUGAGAUAUCAUGUAGAGGAUAACCGAGUCAUCCCUUCAAAAAGGUGCUUUAUCAAACCUCAAGAGGGUACGGAGACAGAGAAGGCUGAGGACUUUAGAGCAGACAUGGUCUCCAGCUUCAUGAUGGACCCGUUUCUGAAGCCUCUCAGCACCCUGGCUCUGUAUGAGCUGCUGAAGGCUCUGAUUAGUGAGGAGGAGGAAACAGUUCUACAGAUCAUACGGUCUGUGAGGGAGAUGAAAAACAUUGUGGCCUGCAGAAAACAGGAAGAGGAAAGCGUUGAGCUUCACCUCUCACCAUGGACGACUGCUGGAGCUGCCAAAGCCCGUAGCCUGAGACAGGAAAUGGAGCGUCUGGCUGCAGAGGAGCAGCGCUGGCUGCAGCAGCAGGAGAACGACAUCCUGGCACCGUUCCUGAUCAAACUGAACAACCCGACAACCCUGACCUGUUCAGAGGCUCAGCAGCUACACCAGGAAUGUUUGACGGAUCUUCAGGAGAGACUGGUGGAGCAGGCCAACCUCAUCCAGGAACGCUAUGAAAAGGUGACACAGGAGCUGCAGAAGAAGCAGCAGUGGUACCAGAAGAACCAGCUCACCAUGACGCAUGAAGAGGAGACCGAGUACCAGUCCUACUGCUCAGAGAAGACCCUGCAAAUUCAAGUCACCAAGAAACGGCUAGAGAUGCAUAAAGAGGCAGCCUCUCAGAAGUACUCCUCUUUCGAUAAGACACUGAGAGAAGACCCUCGUCUGGCCCCCCAUCUAAAGAGCUGAACAUGUUUAGAAAUACUGUGUUAAUUUUACACAUGCUUAUAAUUUAUUGAAGGAGGUCAUUUAAGAAUCUUUUUGGUGUGUUACAGGGAUAUCGCUCCCCCUAAAAUUCCACAGCUCUUAAGCCAAGUGUUCCCAGUUAUUCCUGAAGCAUCUUAAGUUUGAUUUCUACCCCCUGUAAUGAUUCGCUUUCACUAUUAAUGAAGCAUGAAAAGGGGCUGAGGUGAAGGCAACACAUCUGAGAUUAAAUGAUUUCUGUGCUGCUCUUGUUUUUAGCAUAGGUUUG